UUCACUCCUGGAUAUUUUUUUUGUAAACUAUGCAACUUGCUGACACCUACACUUUCUUCCUCGGAGCAAACAAAAAGGAUUGGGUUGCCUAUGCAGGCACAUUCAAAACAUAUGCUGAUGCUGUGAAAUCUGGCCGCAAACCACUCAAUUACUACGCUGGUCUUUCAAAAGUAAUUGUCAGCUCCACAGACAUCGAUGUUGACGAUGAUCAGGCUGCUAUUGCAAAGACAGCAGCCUCCAACGAUAUAGCCGUGGUAGCCACUAUUGACUGGUCGACAGUUCGCAAGGCCGAGGUGACAGGACUGACCGGGCCACCGCAGACAGUCGAACACAGAAAGAAGGGGAAGAGCUGGAAGAUGACGGUGCCAAGUGGAAAAAAGUACAAGUGGGAGAUUGAGGAGCCAAAGAGACGCUGGAGGUUAUGCAAUGGCGAUGAGGUGAUUGCGAGCUUCGACAGCUAUUACUUUUGGAAGAAGGAGCCCGGGUACUUGAAGCUCCAUGGUGUCCACGACACCGACACAAAGCUCUUGAUCCUUGCAUCAUGGGGGUUGGUAGCCAAGUCCCAUUUUGAAAAGAGCACAAUUGAUAACCUCAACUCGGGCGCAAUAACAGCUGGCACAUAUGGAUUGGUGGCUCUGACAUAGGGUGGAAGCGCUCACAUGAUUAUACCAUACCUAUGCUUCACGUUUCAAGCAGUAUAGAAUUUCUUUCUCCAUUUUUUAAAUAUUGGGUGGUG